GCUGUGGUUGGCCCCGGCAGGGACCCAUCGUCAGUUCCGCCCCUGCGCGGAUUGGACCCGGCGGGGACCCGUCGCCCCGGUCUUUUCUGGGAAGGAGAGACCAUGGCGGCGGAGCCGAGCAAGGCGGAGAUUCAGACUCUGUUCAAGCGGCUGCGGGCAGCGCCGGCCAAUAAGGCCUGCUUUGACUGUGGUGCUAAGAAUCCAAGCUGGGCCAGUAUUUCCUAUGGCGUAUUUCUGUGCAUUGACUGCUCUGGAGUCCACAGGUCACUGGGUGUGCACCUAAGCUUUAUCAGGUCUACAGAGCUGGAUUCAAACUGGAGCUGGUUCCAGCUAAGGUGUAUGCAAGUGGGCAGCAAUGCCAAUGCGACUGCCUUCUUCCGCCAACAUGGCUGCACCACCACAGAUGCCAAUGCCAAGUAUAAUAGCAGAGCUGCCCAGAUGUACAGGGAGAAGAUCCGGCAGCUGGCGAGUGCUGCCAUGGCCAAGUAUGGCACCAGUCUCCUGGUAGAUGGACUGAGUGGAACCCCAGGCCAUUCCCCUGAGAAGAACGAUGCUGACUUCUUCAUGGAGCACACGCAGCUUUCCAGUACCUGGGAUGUGGCAGAGGCCGGUCAGAAUCCAACGUUGUCCUCAAUGGAGUCUGAGAGAGCAGCAAAGCCAUUGGAAACCAGCGAGAUGCCACAGUCCAACCAAGGCCCAUCUAUUGACCUGUUGAGUACAUCUCCUAAAGCUCCUCUGGACGCGUCCAUGUGUCUGUCUGCACAAGGGUCUGCUCCUGCCAGAGAACUAAAAUCUUCCCUCAUCGGAAAGAAGAAGCCAGGCACUGCCAAGAAAGGGCUGGGUGGAAAAAAGGGGCUUGGAGCCCAGAAAGUGAGCAGCCAGAGCUUCAGUGAGAUAGAGCGACAAGCCCAGGUGGCUGAGAAGCUGAGGGAGCAGCAGUCGGUGGAGUCGAGGAAACAAGCUGAGGAGUCCAUAGUCACUUCAAUGCGACUGGCCUAUCAGGAGUUGCAGAUCGAUCGGAAGAAGGAGGAAAAGAAACUUCAGAACCUGGAAGGGAAGAAACGCGAACAAGCUGAGAGACUGGGCAUGGGAUUGGUGUCCAGAAGUUCUGUGUCUCACUCCGUGCUGUCCGAGAUGCAAGUGAUUGAGCAGGAGACACCAGUGGCUGCGAAAUCUUCUCGCUCCCAGCUGGACUUGUUUGAAGAUGCCGGAGGCUUCACAUCUGGACCCCCCAAGUACAAAGAUAAUCCCUUCUCACUGGGAGAUGCCUUCGGCUCGCGAUGGGAAACAGAUUCCUCCUGGGGUGUUGACAAAGGGGAGGAGGAGGCCACAGUGACCAUCUCCAGCAUCCGGCCCAUUGGAGAGAGACCCACCAAUAGGAGGGAAGUAGAGAGCAGGACAUCUGCAGUGGAAUCAAAUGAAGCUCGGCAGAAGUUCGCUGGGGCCAAAGCCAUCUCCUCAGAUAUGUUCUUUGGGCGGGAAGCAGAUGCUGAGUAUGAAGCCAGGUCUCGAUUGCAGCAGCUCUCUGGCAGCAGUGCCAUCAGCUCCGCAGACCUCUUUGGGGAGGCUGAGAACACACACUCAGCAGGUGGUGUGUCAAUUGGGAACGUGCUGCCUGCAGCUGACAUCACCCAGUUCAAGCAAGGAGUAAAAUCUGUUGCUGGCAAGAUGGCCGUCCUAGCCAACGGUGUGAUGAACUCUCUCCAGGAUCGCUAUGGCUCAUAUUGAUGACCCAGGGACUGCAGCUCAGACGAAUGCCAGCGAGAGGCACCAGUCUCACCUUGAGUUGCUUGGAGUUAUGCUGCAGGAUUCUGUUUUAGUUUGUCUGGGGCGGGGUGGGUGAGGUCAACAGAAACAGAAGGGGAUGAGGAGAUGCCCAUGCCCAACAUCCUUUCCAAAUAGCUCUGGAGUCUCAUCUGUAUUAGAACCAAUAUGCCCUCAAACCGAACCUUCAGCCGCUAGGGUGGGAGGCCUUGUCUCAGAAACCCCACAUUGCUCUGGACUGUGAGACAGGAGGUGCAGGUAGCUCCAGCCUGCACUGGCCCAUAGCUUGUUGUCUCAGCAAGUGACUCUGUUUAGGGAGUUCCCACUUGCCCUCUGUCAUCAGGUCCACAAGGAAAUGACCCCCCCGUGUCUUGCUCAGUGCUGUCACCCCUUCUCCAUACACAGGCUAGUAUGGCUGGGGAGGGAAGCUCCAUUCAGUCACCACAUGGCAGGAGCAGUGGGAAAUAGCAGUAAAUGUUGUUGUGAAAAUAACAUUGGGUUUUCCUAGGACCUGCAGGAAUCUGUUUUGGUAGCCUAGUAAGUGGGAGCAUCUCCCUUCUGUAAAUUAAGUCACACUUACUGAUGUUUCUGUAAAUCAGCAUAGACAGAAUAACCCCAGCAAAACAAGAACUUAGUCUUGUUACAUCAGGAGGCCAAGCUUAGGCCUGGACUCCAGAGGGAGCUGAGCAUUGCAGAGGUAUCUGCAGGCUAGGUGUAGAAACCCAGGAUGUCUUGUUUCCCAGGCACACCUCUUACUCAGCUUCUUCCAGCUAAGCUGGGGCUGUGAUAGGGUUGCCAGUUUUGGUUGGACAUGUUCCUGGAGUGUUCAUCACAUGACAUUAUCUUUCAUUAAAGACUAAUCUUUAAUUCCUGGAGACUCCAGGACAAUAUUGGAGGGUUGGCAACCCUAGGCUGUGCUUGCUCUGCUUGAGGAACAGAUCAGAGCCUCUUGGGGGGUGAGGUGGCCUGGGGCACAGAGAGGAAUUGUAUAAUGUCUAGUGUCAAAGCACCUUGCCUUCUGAUGGCUCUCUGCUCCCGAUCAGGAAGUGUCAACCAUGUUAAUACUCACAGGUCUCCCCUAGAGGGGGCCCUUGAGGGCUGGGCUGAAGGCACUUAGCAAUGAAAAAAGGGCUCAACACUCUUACAAAUGAAAACUAAAAUUCUGUGUGGAAAUGGAGGCAGUAGCCAUUUGUUCUACUGGCCCAACUUCUACUCAGGGCAAUUCAGCCAGCAUAGCUCUACCCAGGGCCAAGUCCCCCAGGUGUGUUGGGCCUCCUAGACUGGUUUGCACUGACUUCUUAUGCUUGAAUUUCAUGCCCCAGCCCCCUCUUUGGUUCCACUUGUUCUGUGCACACAGAGAUGGAACAGCACAAGCUGCACCCUAUUCCUCCUAGCACAGUGGUUCUGGGCCUUUUCCUUUUUGAAAUCACUUUAACUGAGUAACCCUCUCUGUGGGUAGAAGAGGCAAAGGGCAUUCCCCUUUCCUUUCCCUCCCAACAAUGCUGCUUUGAUGCCCAAGUAGCAAGGGCGUGGCACCAGCCAGGAGCAUAGUGCAGAGUAUGCUGAACCUCUGUGUGCAGCACACCUACCUGGAGCUAAACUAGGUUGAGUUCCUUCAUGCUGUACUACUGAAGGGCAGGAUCUCUUCAUUUUGCCUAAUUUUCCCCUAAUUUUAACAUGGGAAUUAAAUUAUGGUCCAAUACAGGUCUGUUCCCCCCCCCCAGUACUUGUUGGCAGAGGAAUAGCUAUGGAUGGUCCUCAUCUGUGCGGACUCCCCUGUGAGUCUGUCAACCUGUAAGGUGUAGUAGCACAGUGGCUACAGCUUGGACCUAAUCCCCCUGUAGGGGCAGUGACUGUUUCCCUCUCACAUUCUAAUGUGUGUUUGGUGCCUAGGUCCUACAGUGAUGGGGAGAUUUGCUGGAGAGGGGAAAGCUCUAGCCAUCUGAUUUAAAGGCCCAGCAGGUCUUACCCACCCUCCUUUCUGUGGUUGUUCAGUGCAGACACCCAACUUUAACUUGUACAGCUGCAGGAUCUGAGGCUCUGCCUGCCUUGCCUUCCUGCAGUUCUCUCCUAUCCCCUGUGCACCUUCUCCAGAUCCUGCUCACUGGGCUCUGAAAUAUGCACUGAUGCUUAGAUUUUAACUAUUAAAAUUGUCUUGGAGCAAAGCAGCGGCAGCCUCUCCAGCUACUCCCUGUCUGAGGGAGAGGAUGGCAAAGGCUGGUGCUAUGGCCUGGUGCUCCUUCUGUUCUGAGAUGGGAAGGGAUUUCUCUUCUCUGGACUGUUCAUAUUAUUGAGGAGAUAAUGGUAUUAAUGAGCUGUUUGUGGCUGGGCUUGGGGCUCAACCGUAUAAGGGGGAGUGAAGUGGAACUCUUUCCUUCAACUAAAUAAAAUCAAAUACCUGUA